AUGGCCCGGACAGCAAGCCGAGCUAAGGCAACAACCGAGCAGCGGCGCGACUCGCGCAAGAACACUGCUGCUAUGUGGGAAGCUGUCAACGCUGAACGGGCUAAAGUGCAGGUCGCCAUUUUCCAGCUGGCAAAGGACUACAAACGAUCGCCGCAGUGGGUCGCAUCGCAGCUGUAUUGUGGCGGGAAGCUUCUCGCUCCGAAGCGUCGGAAGAGCCUGUUCAACGCAGCUCUCCAUAACCUGGCCCAGAAGCGAAAAGAAGAAGGAAACACGGGUGAUGGACGGAAGACACUCACGCACCUGUCCGAGGAGCUGUCAUUGACGGACUGGAAGGAUUUGUCGGACGAAGAGAAGGAGAAGCUGCUUGCAAAACUCCAGGAGGAUUCUGCCGCAACGUCGGCGCCUGCUCGACGGGUCACAGGGAAGCAUAACGCACAUGACAUUGAAGGGACGAUGACGCGCAUAGAUCCCGAGAUGGACGGCCUGGCCCAACGCACCGGGUGUCAAUACCUGUCACUCCUAACGCGCGGCGAUGUGCAAGACAAUUGGGCCAUACGCACGGUUGCUACACCAAAGGUCAAAGAAGCGUGCAUCUACUUGUUCAAAUGCACACCCGACGACAUGGCCAUGAAGAUCGAGGCUUACGCGAUGCUUGGUAUAGCGGGUGUCCUCAAACUUACCAAUGGAAAGCGUUCGACGCUUCUCAAAGCAGAGAUCCGCGCGAAGAUCAAUGAAGGGCUGCGUGAGGUCCUCCUGGCCCGCGGUAUCACAAACGACAACAUACCGAACAUGGUGUGGGCGCGUUACGAGCGUGACAUCGUUUGUAAGUACGGUGUCGAGCUGAUAGGCUGGACGGAGCCGCCCCCUAUUCGAACGAAUCCCAGCGACUUCAAGCAGAUCGAGCAGCUGGAGCGCGCGCACGCUGCGCUUCAUGGAGAACAUCGUCCGUGCCGCUGGAUUGCGCUCAGUGAUGCGGAGUGGGAGAAGAGGAAGGAGGCGACGCGCGUCCAGCUUCUGAACAACAAGAAGGCCUCCGGCACCAGGAAGAAGGGCCCCAUCAGUCCGGAGACCAUCGAGGACUCCAGUGAAGACAGCGGCGGCGAGGGCGCCUAG